AUGAAAGAAAGAGAUGAGUUUGAUCUGAUGAAGUCUGAAACCCAGGGACAAUUGGAGGAAAUAGAACAAAACAAACAAGACAUUCGUGUGGAGAAGGAAAAGCUGGAUCAGAUCAAAGCUGAGUUAGAAAGACGGUCUGAAGACGUAAAUCAGAUCAUGGAUGAGACAAGACGGGAGAGGGGGAAGGUUGAAGAACUGGCUAUCCAAACUCAAAAACAAAGAGAAGAAAUGGUGGGUUUUAUGGAAAAGAGCAAACAAACGCAGAACGAACUGGAACUCAUGAAUGACAAGAUUGAAAGAGAGAAACAAGACAUCGAAGAAAGUCGGGAUGUGCUAACAAAGGAGAGAGAGGAGCUGGAACAAAUGAGGAGUGAGAUACAGCAACAGAGAGAGGAGACAGAAUCUCAAAUGGAAGACCAAAGGAAAGAGAAAGAACAUUUGGAACAAAUGACGACGGACAUGAAAAAACAGUUGCUAGAGGUGGUUAAUGACAAGGAAAUGAUAGAAAGCACAAUGGGUGAACUGAGAGUGAAAGAGGCAGAAAUGGUGAGAGAAAAAGACAACAUGGAUAACAGGAUGGUAAGGUUCAAAGAGGAAGAGGAUAGAAUGCGUGAAGAAAUCGGAAGGAAGAUGGACAUCUUAAAGCAGGAAAGUUGUGAAAUCAAAAGACUUAGAGAUGAAAUUGACAGUGAAAAGGACCAGCUGAAUGCAAAAUUGCUUGAGUUGGAAAAAAUGUGUGAAGAACUAGAUAGAGAGAAGAAGGAAGUGAAAGACAGGAAGGAUGAAACACUGAAAGAGAAAGAUCAGUUGGAAGAGAGGGCAGGUAAGAUAAAUAAGGAGAAAGAGGAAUUGGAUAUCAGUCUUGAACUGAUGAAAAGACAAAGGGAAGACUUGACAAGCUUGAAGGCUGAAGCAGAAGCACAGACCGAGCCUAUGGAAAUAGACUGGAAGGAAAAGCUCACGAGGGAAAGACAACAACUUGAAGAUGUAAAGGAGGAGAUACAGAAGGAAAAAGAAGCCUUUGAGAGAAAGAAGGAAUUGACCAUGAAAGAAAGAGAUGAGUUUGAUCUGAUGAAGUCUGAAACCCAGGGACAAUUGGAGGAAAUAGAACAAAACAAACAAGACAUUCGUGUGGAGAAGGAAAAGCUGGAUCAGAUCAAAGCUGAGUUAGAAAGACGGUCUGAAGACGUAAAUCAGAUCAUGGAUGAGACAAGACGGGAGAGGGGGAUGGUUGAAGAACUGGCUAUCCAAACUCAAAAACAAAGAGAAGAAAUGGUGGGUUUUAUGGAAAAGAGCAAACAAACGCAGAACGAACUGGAACUCAUGAAUGACAAGAUUGAAAGAGAGAAACAAGACAUCGAAGAAAGUCGGGAUUUGCUAACAAAGGAGAGAGAGGAGCUGGAACAAAUGAGGAGUGAGAUACAGCAACAGAGAGAGGAGACAGAAUCUCACAUGGAAGACCAAAGGAAAGAGAAAGAACAUUUGGAACAAAUGACAACGGACAUGAAAAAGCAGUUGCUAGAGGUGGAUAAUGACAAGGAAAUGAUAGAAAGCACAAUGGGUGAACUGAGAGUGAAAGAGGCAGAAAUGGUGAGAGAAAAAGACAACAUGGAUAACAGGAUGGUAAGGUUCAAAGAGGAAGAGGAUAGAAUGCGUGAAGAAAUCGGAAGGAAGAUGGACAUCUUAAAGCAGGAAAGUUGUGAAAUCAAAAGACUUAGAGAUGAAAUUGACAGUGAAAAGGACCAGCUGAAUGCAAAAUUGCUUGAGUUGGAAAAAAUGCGUGAAGAACUAGAUAGAGAGAAGAAGGAAGUGAAAGACAGGAAGGAUGAAACACUGAAAGAGAAAGAUCAGUUGGAAGAGAGGGCAGGUAAGAUAAAUAAGGAGAAAGAGGAAUUGGAUAUCAGUCUUGAACUGAUGAAAAGACAAAGGGAAGACUUGACAAGCUUGAAAGCUGAAGCAGAAGCACAGACCGAGCCCAUGGAAAUAGAUUGGAAGGAAAAGCUCACGAGGGAAAGACAACAACUUGAAGAUGUAAAGGAGGAGAUACAGAAGGAAAAAGAAGCCUUUGAGAGAAAGAAGGAAUUGACCAUGAAAGAAAGAGAUGAGUUUGAUCUGAUGAAGUCUGAAACCCAGGGACAAUUGGAGGAAAUAGAACAAAACAAACAAGACAUUCGUGUGGAGAAGGAAAAGCUGGAUCAGAUCAAAGCUGAGUUAGAAAGACGGUCUGAAGUCGUAAAUCAGAUCAUGGAUGAGACAAGACGGGAGAGGGGGAAGGUUGAAGAACUGGCUAUCCAAACUCAAAAACAAAGAGAGGAAAUGGUGGGUUUUAUGGAAAAGAGCAAACAAACGCAGAACGAACUGGAACUCAUGAAUGACAAGAUUGAAAGAGAGAAACAAGACAUCGAAGAAAGUCGAGAUGUGCUAACAAAGGAGAGAGAGGAGCUGGAACAAAUGAGGAGUGAGAUACAGCAACAGAGAGAGGAGACAGAAUCUCACAUGGAAGACCAAAGGAAAGAGAAAGAACAUUUGGAACAAAUGACAACGGACAUGAAAAAGCAGUUGCUAGAGGUGGAUAAUGACAAGGAAAUGAUAGAAAGCACAAUGGGUGAACUGAGAGUGAAAGAUGCAGAAAUUGUGAGAGAAAAAGACAACAUGGAUAACAGGAUGGUAAGGUUCAAAGAGGAAGAGGAUAGAAUGCAUGAAGAAAUCGGAAGGAAGAUGGACAUCUUAAAGCAGGAAAGUUGUGAAAUCAAAAGACUUAGAGAUGAAAUUGACAGUGAAAAGGACCAGCUGAAUGCAAAAUUGCUUGAGUUGGAAAAAAUGUGUGAAGAACUAGAUAGAGAGAAGAAGGAAGUGAAAGACAGGAAGGAUGAAACACUGAAAGAGAAAGAUCAGUUGGAAGAGAGGGCAGGUAAGAUAAAUAAGGAGAAAGAGGAAUUGGAUAUCAGUCUUGAACUGAUGAAAAGACAAAGGGAAGACUUGACAAGCUUGAAGGCUGAAGCAGAAGCACAGACCGAGCCUAUGGAAAUAGAUUGGAAGGAAAAGCUCACGAGGGAAAGACAACAACUUGAAGAUGUAAAGGAGGAGAUACAGAAGGAAAAAGAAGCCUUUGAGAGAAAGAAGGAAUUGACCAUGAAAGAAAGAGAUGAGUUUGAUCUGAUGAAGUCUGAAACCCAGGGACAAUUGGAGGAAAUAGAACAAAACAAACAAGACAUUCGUGUGGAGAAGGAAAAGCUGGAUCAGAUCAAAGCUGAGUUAGAAAGACGGUCUGAAGACGUAAAUCAGAUCAUGGAUGAGACAAGACGGGAGAGGGGAAGGUUGAAGAACUGGCUAUCCAAACUCAAAAACAAAGAGAAGAAAUGGUGGGUUUUAUGGAAAAGAGCAAACAAACGCAGAACGAACUGGAACUCAUGA